AUGUCGGUGAUGGCAAUGGGCGCUCCCGCCUCGGGUCCCUUCUCAGCGGGCGCCCCGCUGCAGAGUUACCAGGGCUUUGGCGGCUACCCGGCCUCCCUGGAAGGCAGCCAGAUGGGACCAGGCCACAUGGUCUCAGCUCCUAUCCUUGGUCCUAGGAUGCCUCUGAUGGCACCACCCUUUCCACAGACGCCACAGCCUCUGCUGGACUCGGACCCUGCUGACGGACCUGUGUCCGUGGCAUUUGGCCUGAAACAGGAAGUGGUCGAGACACGAGCCAAGUAUCCCGCGCCCGCGACGCUACAGUACAUCCAGCGGCGGGCUGCAGUCCUUCGCGAGGAGGAGAUAAAGCGCCAGUGCCAGCCCUCGGCCGAGUCCGACGUUUGCGGUUGGGUCAUGGCCACCAACGACGCGAACGGUUCCUAUGGAGGUCGCCAUCCGGACAACGAUGUCUCCGCCGACAGGAUGAAUUUGCAUUUCGACGACUUCAGGCUGGUCUACCAGGCGAUCUCUGGCACUGCGCUGCUCCACUGGGCCUCGAUGGAGGACUUCAAGGUUGGAAUCUUCGGUGCCCGGCGCGCCCCGCGGCCCAUCGCCUGGUGGGACCUGCGGAAGGCCUACGACAUCGUGGUGCAAACCGGAGAUCGUCACUUCGACAUGGCGGCGGCGCAGUUCACAAUUCUGAUGCACGGCGGCAACCUCGGCUUCGCAGUGGAAGGCGAAGAGGAUGUGCCCGUUUGGUACAAUGCCGUGAGAUCCGUCAUCCGGGACUGCGCCUGGCACCAGGCCACUCGAUCCGAGACGCCGGAGAGCCGGAGGAAGCGCUGGGCCGCCGCAAAGGGCGUGGCCUCGGCGCUGUUGGACGGCCGGCCUUUGGGCUCACGCGCGAUGGCUAUCCUCUUUCACUGCUACGACACAGACAUGGACUGCGUUCUCCGCUUGGGUGAGGCCAUGCUCUUGCUGUUGGAGCUGUACGCCGGCCUCCUCCACGUGGGCGGGACGGCCGAGGGUGCGACGAUGGACGUGGCCGUGCAGUCGGCGAACUCCCGCUUCCCACCCGACCUGCAGUUCGAGAAAGCCUUGUUCUUGCGGAGGCGCUGCGAUCAAAGCAACGAUGGCAAGAUUGGCAAGGACGAGUUCGUGAACUUCGGCCACGCUGCACUUUUGGACGCUCUCCAGCUCUGA